AUGGGUUGCGGCGCCUCCGUCCCCGCCGGGGAGCUCGAGAAUGAGCUCAAGAUCGAGAAAACGAAGAACGAGGAGGCUCAGCGACAGCUGGACCACAUGAAGGAGCUCUACCAGCGCGAGAGGGAGCGCAACAAGGAUCUCCGGAAUCAGCUCAAGCUCAACGCAUCGUCGGAAUUACCGAACUCGUCGGAAGCCCCCCGGGAGCCCGAGGUGCGCGGUCCAACGGCGGAAGAUGGCGCUCCCGCGCCCGAAGAGAUCGCGGAUGCACCCGUCGAGCCGGACGCGCCGGUCGACGACGGGGCGCCCGCGGCUGCGGAGGAACCCGAACGCGCGGCAUCGGAAAACCCGAAUGUCGCGGCCGAGGGUAAAGUUACGUCGGAUGAUGCGCCCGCCGAGGAGGUCGCUCCCGCGCCGGAAGAGAACGCGGAUGCGCCCGCCGGGGACGUGGUUGCCGAGCCCGUCGAGGCCGUCGAGCCUGCUGAGGCCGAGCCCGUCGAGGCCGUCGAGCCCGCCGAGGCCGAGCCCGCCGAGGCCGAGCCCGCCGAGGCAGUCGAGGCCGCCAAUUCCGCCGAACCCGAGCCCGCCGAGCCUGCCGAGGCCGAGCCCGCCGAGGCCGUCGCGGCGGUGGCUGUCCCGAUCGCCGCGCCGAUCGACGUCCCGGUCGCGGACCCCCCCCGCUUCGGCCCGUACGGCCCGGAGCACGAGGCGUCCGCGUUGAAGAUCCAGACGAGCGCGAGAGGUAAACUCGCGCGAUCCGCGUCCAAACGCAUCCGCGAGGAGAUCAAGGGAUGCCCCUACGGCGUCAUGGACGUGAGCGAGACGUGGGCGCCGGACACAGCUGUCGAACCAGCCGUCGACCCGGGUGACGACCCCGAGCGCCACCGGCCGAUUUGGUCCAAACUGCGAACAAACCUCCACGCGCACGCGACGAAGGACCCGUCGUCACCAGCCAAACCCCACGGCGAACGGUGCGCACAGCUGUGGCGCGACGCGUCCACGCUGGCGAAAACCGGCGCGUUCGACCUCGCCAUCGAGGCGUACUGGAGGUUCGUACACGAGCGCAUGUCGGAGCUGGGCCACACCCGGUACGGGGUCAUACCGCCCUUCUUCGCGCACGAUCACCAGGACUACCUCAACGCGCUGUACAACGUCGCCACGCUGCUCGAAGCUCAAGCCGUGGACCCGGGUUCGAAUCCCACCGCGGAUGAAAUAUUACACCCCGAGCAAAUCCUUCGAGCCGACCCCCACGCGCAGGCGUACGGUAUCUUCUCCGAGCUCGUCGAGAUGAACGACGCCGUGCCCGCGAGUUUUUGGGUCACCCUCGGAGGUCACCCCGCCGGCGCGCCCGACGCGGCGGCGCGGAGGGAGGGACUGUUGGUCCUCGCCGCCGAUCGCGGCCGCGCGUUCACCGCGCACGAUCUCGCGACGCACGACCGCGAACGAGCCGUGGCGAUGAGCUACCGCGGCGGGAACAGCGCAUCCCGGGACGAGGCGCACGCGGGUGGCGUCCUCCUGUCGCGACACGGCAAGCACGAGGAAGCCGCCGAGAUGUUCGCGAGAGCGGCGGAUAUCUCUUUGGCGGAGAACAAGAAGCACAGCGCUCUGUACGCCAUCAACGCGCAGUUCGGGUCUUUACUCCGCCUCGGGGUGGUGCACGAGAACAGGGACGAGGACGACGCCAAGGUGCGCGAAGUUCGCGACCGGUUCAGGCGCGUCGCUGGUGAACCCGACGGGAUGCUCGGCGACGCGUCGUCGUUCGCCAACCAGGGCCGGCACCCCGGCGCGCUCGCCAUCCUCACGAACGAGGUGCUGCGGUUCCGGCGGUACGAGCUGACGCUGAGGGAUCCGCGCAAGAGCGCGUCGCACGGUCCGUCGCCGUGGCCGGUGUACGACAGGGACGUGGCGUGGGUGACGCAUCGAAUCGCGCGGGAGUUUGAGGCGAUGCGGUGGUACCCCGAGGCGCUCCAAUGGGCGGAGGAGGCGAUCGGGAUGUUCGAGGGGUGCGAGGGGUCGGAGGCGGCGGCGGCGGCGGCGGCGACGCGGCGGCGGAGGGACGACAUCGCGCGGAAGCUGGCGACUCGCGACGCUACGCUGACGGCGUUUCGACUGGCGGGGAAGCUGGCGAGUGACGCGCGCGGGGACGUUACGGGGGAAGCGUCGAUGAGUUGA